CCUCUCUCCCUCUCUCCUCGCCCGCUGGGUGCUGAAGUUGGGCGGAUGGCAGCAAACCCGCUCCGCUAGAGGACCGAGCAGCCCAGCCUUGCGCCCCCGGACCCAUCGGUGCGCUGCCCACACCUCCAGGCGACGGGCCAGUUGGGUACUGAAGCAGCUGAAAUGCGAAAAAGACAGCAGUCACAAAAUGAAGGAACACCUGCUGUGUCCCAAGCGCCUGGAAACCAAAGGCCCAACAACACAUGUUGCUUUUGCUGGUGCUGUUGCUGCAGCUGCUCCUGCCUCACUGUUAGGAAUGAAGAAAGAGGAGAAAAUGCAGGAAGACCCACACAUACCACCAAAAUGGAGAGCAUCCAGGUCCUAGAGGAAAGCCAAAACCCCACUUCAGAUGAAGUGUUGUCCUGGUCUCAAAAUUUUGACAAGAUGAUGAAGGCCCCAGCAGGAAGAAACCUUUUCAGAGAGUUUCUCCGAACAGAAUACAGCGAAGAGAACCUACUUUUCUGGCUUGCGUGUGAAGACUUAAAGAAAGAGCAGAACAAAAAAGUAAUUGAAGAAAAAGCCAGAAUGAUAUAUGAAGAUUACAUUUCUAUACUAUCACCAAAAGAGGUCAGUCUCGAUUCUCGAGUUAGAGAGGUGAUCAAUAGAAAUCUGUUGGAUCCUAAUCCUCACAUGUAUGAAGAUGCCCAACUUCAGAUAUAUACCUUAAUGCACAGAGAUUCUUUUCCAAGGUUUUUGAACUCUCAAAUUUAUAAGUCAUUUGUUGAAAGUACUGCCAGUUCUACUUCUGAAUCUUAAUUUUCAUUAAAAAAAAAUCAUUUUGGAGGGCUGGGAUGGGAAAUAAAAGUAGUUCACUAACACCAGAAGCUGAGUUCCUGGAGAACUACAGUUUAGCAUUCCUCAGGCUACUGUGAAAAUACAACCAUAUGGUCUUUGUCUCCAUUUUUAUCAAGGUUAUCCAUGGUUAAGUUUGGAGAAAAUACCACAUAAGACAAUGAAUUGCCAAAUUGUUUGUUUUCUUCAACACUCAUUCUACUUGCAAGCAAACUGUAUUUGUAGUCCUGUGAACAGUCUCCUAGUGUAUCCCCCGAGGCUGCAUGUACAAAGUAGAGCUGCUUCAUUUGCCACGUAGUUGUUGUAAUAUUUAAUCCAAUGGCAUAACUUAUAUCCGUGUUUAAGGACUUUUGUGCAAUAUGGUCUUAUAGAAAUAAUUGCCAAAAAAUUGGCUGUGGUUUGCAUUUUUAAAUAUAAUCUAAGACAGAAAAAGCCAAUUUUUUAGUUGUAACAAUGGUAUUAAACAUGCUCUAUACUGUGUUCAGUACACUCAUUUUGAAGCCGAUAUUUCUGUACUUGGAAAAAGAGCUAUUUAUCUAUGUUUGUUGGGAAAUCCUGAUGGGGGAUUCCUCUGGUUGUUCACUGCCAAAACUGUGGCAUUUUCUUUACAGAAUAGUUUGCUAUGUAAACAAAACAAAACAAAACAAAAAUUUAAAAAAACCCAACAAACAACAAAUAAUAAGAAGAAAAGAGAAAAAAGCACAAAACAAUUUGAAGAUAUUCUAUCUCAAUGACAAAUCAGAGUGAUAAUUGUUUUUAAUUGUAAUAGAACACAAUUAAUCUAUGUAUAUAUCAGAUGUCCGAUACUGUAAUUAAUUUAUUAAAGACUGGCUCUCCAGUUCUAAAAUGGUUGUGUAAAGUAUGUACUUCAGCAAGAAAAAAAAUACUAAGCUCGAUAACUUAGUUUUGGAAUAUAAAAAAAAAGAUUUAAUAAAGGAAUGCCUACAUGUAGCAUCAUAAAAUAUUUUGAUGAGUAGCAUCUGUCCUGUGGCAUAUUUUCCUUGAAAGCAAAGUCUAAUGAAAAGCUAGGUUUUUAACUGAGAAAAGUUUUGUAAGGGUUACACAGAAGAUAAUUCUCUACUUCAGACCUUAACUGUUUUCAUAGUAUCUUCAGAAUGACUUAUUUUAAAAAUGUUAAAACCAAACUAUUAAUACUCAUCCAUAAUUGAAAGGCAGGACAGUGCUCAAAUCUUCUAGCUGCCAUAUUAUUUUUUAUAAGUACCACUAAAUCUUUAAGACAAAAUACUUGCCUGACAUUGGCAUAUACUUUUGACAUUCAAGAAAACAGUAUCCUAUCAUGCACACACACAAAAAGUCAGUGUCAUAUUUAUAUCAAGGUGUUACAUUUGAAUAUUAAUAUCCCCUGGAGGCUAUUUUUUUAAUCUUAAACUUAAUAAAUAUAAUAUUGAGUAACCUAACAUGAAAGUUUUAAAAAUAUUUAUAUCCACUGAGAAUACUGGGCCUUAUAUUAAGGAUGAUAUUAAAAUUAUAGGUUUUCUUUGCCAUUUUUUAACUACCUCUCAUUUUUUAAUUUAUUAAACAUUUUUAAAAUAAACAAGUUUGGGGUUUUCUUUUUAAAUUUUAUUUUACUUGAAAAGCUGGCAUCGUAAGUUUCUUUUUCCAUAAACUUAAAACAUUUCAAGAAUUGUUUUUUUAAGUGAAUUUGAUUUUCUAAUUUAUAUAGAAUUCAGGAGAUAUGGUUAAAAGGGCUAUUAUCUAUUCCCUAUGCAAAUAUUUUAACUGUUGCAGUGUUUGACAAAAUGGGGUUAAAAAAAAAGUUUGCAGAGUAGAAAACAAAAUGUUCUGUUUACACUGGCGUUGCUGA